AUGGAUCACAUGAAUAUCCACACUGGCGAAAAACCGUACCUGUGCAACACCUGCGGAAAAUCGUUUACUAAAUCAUCAGAUCUUAAACGCCACAUAAUCACGCACACGGAUGAGAAGCCCUACAGCUGCGAAACAUGUGGAAAAAGUUACAGAGAACGUUCCAAACUGGUGGCUCACUCGAGGAUCCACACCUGCGAAAAGCCGUACCUGUGCAACACCUGUGGAAAAACCUUUAUUAAAUCAUCAGCUCUUAACCGGCACAUAACCACGCACACGGGCGAGAAGCCCUACAUCUGCAAAACAUGUGGAAAAAGUUACAGAGAACGUUCCAAACUGGUGAUUCACUCAAGGAUCCACACGGGCGAGAAGCCCUACUUUUGCAAAACAUGUGGAAAAAGUUACACAGAACGUUCCAGCCUGGUGAUUCACUCUAGGACCCACACCGGCGAAAGGCCGUACCUGUGCAACACCUGCGGCAAAACCUUUACUAAAUCAUCAGCUCUUAAAUGCCACAUAACCACGCACACGGGCGAGAAGCCCUACAUCUGCAAAACAUGUGGAAAAAGUUACAGGCUACGUUCCCAACUGCUGGUUCACUCGAGGAUCCACACUGGCGAAAGGCCGUACCUGUGCAACACCUGCGGCAAAACCUUUACUAAAUCAUCAGUUCUUAAACGCCACAUAACCACGCACACGGGCGAGAGGCCCUACAUCUGCGAAACAUGUGGAAAGAGUUUCAGGCGAUGUUCCCACCUGGUGGUUCACUCGAGGACCCACACUGGCGAAAAGCCGUACCUGUGCAAAACCUGCGGAAAAACCUUUACUAAAUCGUGUACUCUUAAACGGCACAUAACCACGCACACGGGCGAUAAGCGAUAAUUGUGCAAGACGUGCAACAAAGCACCAGCAGCAGGAUGA